CGUCGUGUCGAAGCGACAGCUUAAAGUAGGUCGGAUGCACCAAUAUGCUGUUUUUAACGUGCCUAUCCGACCUACAGUGCAUCGGACCUAUCACAGCUGUUAAAACCACGUGCUUGUAGGUCGGAUGGGCAGUAGAGGGGGUGGGCGUAGGUCCAAAAAUACACCAUCCAUGGACCUACGUCUGCUGAAAAAACGAUCAUUUUGAAUGUCGUUUUUAAAAAAAACAUUUUUACGCUCCAUUGCCGCGUUCUAAACUCCUUGUUGUCGGUAUUGGCAAUUCUCAAUUUUAUCAUCAAGUUAAUCAAAAGUUUUUAAUCACUCAUUAAGCAAAGUCCUAGAAGACUUUUAACGUUGAAUUCAUGGAUUUGACUAGUUUUAAACCUGUAGACAAGAAUUAUAAGAUUUCUGCUGAGGAAAGACAAGCAGCUCACGUUAUGAUAUUCUCCAGGACUGAAGCAAAACUGUGGGAAAAACAUAAAAUCAGAGCUUUGGUAAAUAUGCAUAUGAGGUUUGAUGGAAAACUUGGAUUUCCGGGGGGAAUCCUGGAUCCUGGAGAAAAUGCAGAGACAGGGUUAAACAGGGAGGUUCAGGAAGAAGUAGGGAUGGAUCUGGGACUCCUUGAAUCAGAUUGGGUGGGGGCCUGGUACUCAGCUCAAGGAAGGAUUCUUAAUCACUUCUUCUGUAAGGAGGUGAGCAGAGAACAAUUUCUUAUGAUGGAAAAAGAGGGAGAAAAAGCACCCGAGUUCGGUGUUGAGAUUUUAGGGCAUAUCAGAGUUCCGUUGUACAGUUAUCAAAACAAGAGAGGUCAGCGUAGUGGAUUUCCUCAAUUUCUUAAGAAUAACUUUUCUGGAAACUCCAGAGAACAGCUUCUUAAAUGUCUGGUAGAGAAAAACGUUCUUUCCUCUGAGGAAGUUGGAGAAGCACUGAGGCUCAGUACAGAGUGUUAGCCAGUAGUAAGCCUGAAUCCCUAUACCCUUGAACCCCUACACCCUGAACCCUUGAACCUCUGAACACCUCAACUUAUUAUCUGACACUGAUAUAAACAGACCUAAAAAGUUAAAACGGCCCCCCCCCCCCUUUUAUUUAACAUUUUUUCAGGCACACUUGCAUUUAAUGAAAUAAAUAUAUCCAAGCAAUAGA